AACCACCGAAUCAAACUAAAUUCUGAACUUCGGGGCUGAACAGCAGCCAUGCGCAGAGACAUACGGUUGAAACAGCGGAGAAUCAAAGUUUGGGAGGAAGCUUUGGCCACAAACAGCGGAUUCCAGAGAAGAGGCGGAGGGAGACGCCGCUGGAUCCACCCCCCCCCCCCCCCCUCCCUCAAAGUUCUCCUCCGCCGGACUCCUCACUGAUUGAUCGUCGGGAGCCUCCCGGAGGAAGCCCUCCUGCGUGGAGCGCGCGGGGGGGAGGGGGGGAGGAGAGGAGAGGAGAGGAGAGGAGCAGGCAGACCGCUCCGUGUUUGUGCGGGUCGCACAUGACGCGCGGGAGAAGGCGCGUGGGCGGAUGAGGAAGUUCAGAUUGAUGGCUCUACUGUAAACGGCGCUCGCACGCGGCAAGGGCGCGCGCGCAGGCUCACUGUCCAGAAGUUUCCUGUGAGCUGAGGUGGUCCGCGCGCGGUAAAAUGACAAUCAAGCUAGUGGUCACACUGCUCCUCGCGCUCCGUGCUCGUUGUGAUUUAUUGGAAUAUGGCGACGAUGAUGAAGAUCUCCACGACUCCACCGUCAGUCAGAUGCUGGUCCCCAGGUCGCACCAGGAGGACGCCACUCUGAUCCUCAACAACCUGCUGAGGGAGUACGACAAGACUCUGCGGCCAGACAUAGGAGAAAAACCGACCGUCAUCAAUGUGGGCAUUUAUGUCAACAGCAUCGGGCCCGUGUCGUCCAUCGAUAUGGAAUACCAGAUCGAUAUCAUCUUUGCACAGACCUGGGUGGACACUCGUCUGCGGUACAACAGCAGCAGCAUGCGGAUUCUAACCCUCAACAGCAAUAUGGUCGGCUUGAUCUGGCUGCCAGACACGAUAUUUAGGAAUUCCAAGAAUGCCGAUUCUCACUGGAUAACGACACCCAAUCAGCUGCUUCGUAUCUGGAACAAUGGAAAAAUACUUUACACGCUGAGGAUGACCAUCAACGCCGAGUGCCAGCUGCAGCUCCAUAAUUUCCCCAUGGACGAACACUCCUGUCCUCUGGUCUUCUCCAGCUACGGCUACCCGCGAGAUGAGAUCAUCUACAAGUGGAAGCGGAACUCUGUGGAAACGUCGGACCAGAAAUACUGGAGACUUUAUCAGUUUGACUUCAUGGGGCUGAGAAACACAACCGACGUGCUGACAACCACAGCCGGUGACUACGUACUGCUGACGGUUUACUUUGACCUGAGCAGGAGGAUGGGUUACUUCACCAUCCAGACCUACAUUCCCUGCAUUCUGACUGUGGUUCUGUCCUGGGUGUCCUUCUGGAUCAAGAGCGACGCCACACCAGCGAGAACAGCUCUAGGUAUCACCACAGUGCUGACCAUGACCACCCUGAGUACCGUGGCCAGAAACUCCCUCCCCAGGGUGUCCUACGUGACCGCCAUGGACCUGUUCGUCACCGUCUGCUUCCUGUUCGUCUUUGCCGCCAUGAUCGAGUACGCCAUGCUCAACUACUAUUCCUACAUUAUACGCAGACCCCCUCCCAGGAUGCAGAGAAUGGCCUACUCAUCGUUCCACACAAGCCGCACUCCCCGACCCAUGAUACCCAUGGGCAACUCCCUGUUCUGGCACGACUAUGACGACAGCUGCCUGUACGAGUGCUUGGACGGGAAAGACUGCAAGAGCUUCUUCUGCUGUUAUGAGGAGUGUAAAGAAGGCGGCUGGAGACGAGGACGAAUCCACGUCAACAUCAGCGAGCUGGAUUCUUACUCCCGGGUUUUCUUUCCCACGUCCUUCCUGCUCUUUAAUAUCGUCUACUGGGUCAGCUACCUCUACCUCUAGUCUGUUGGGGCUGUCAUGUGAUCCGUGGAAACAGCUCUUGCCAUUUUGCACUGCGGCUGGUGAUUUUGAGGUGGACACGAAGCGUAGUGGAGGAAAACCAAUCGGAUCUGUGGGACUUUUGAGAAAACCCCACUGGUGGAGUGAUGAGACCACAACACUUUUGAGUUGCACUUUACGGCGUCUGAAUCGCUCGGCAGUGGGAUGACGAGUCGCCCCCCCCUUGAAUCUCGGACACUGCGACUUCAGAGAAGUUCAGGGGGGGGAGCCGGGGUUGCCAAGCUGAACCUUUGGCCAUUGAGACAGCAAAGCACCCAUAGUGCCUUCUUUAGAAAGGGUGCAGCACCAACAGAAGCAGCGUCAGAGUUCCCUCCAUUAUAUCUUUAUUACCUCAUCCAUCGCAAGCCGCAUGUUGAGCUGAUCACUCCGUGACUAAACUAGCCCGGAUCACAGUUUAAACUGGGGACGUUCUAAACUCUACAUUUUGUAGCACAUUAGUUUUAGUUGUUCCCUUUUAUUUGUAUUUCUUUACAAGCUAGUAAUGUUUUCUUGUUAUUCUGCUGAGAAUUAGUUGUGCUUUCCAGUCGCACAGGCAUUGGUUGUUAGUUGUUUAUUAUGGGUUAGAGUCAGAGCCAGUGGUAGUCUGGUAUAAACUUGUUUAUUGAGUCAGUCAGCUUUUCCUCCAUGAUGUUUUUUGACCAGACGACUCAAGUUUUCACAAAACAGCAAGAGGGUUCGGGUGUUUAGAAAACAACACAACAACUGAAUCACAACUGCAUGAAGCCACCAAGUCCAACAGUAAAGAUGCUAAUCUCCUCCCCCAGUUCUGGUAUGUAUGUUUCAGUACAUGAUUAAAGACAAGAGCAGAUUAGACCGUAGGGUAGUGCUGGUUUCUCCUUGGAAACAAAUAUAAAUAUUUAGUUUAAUGAGAUUUUAUCCUUUUUAUACAGAUUUUAAACUUUAAGAAAUCAUCUGUAGAUUAGCCAAACUUAAAUUAAAAAAGUUUGACACAACCCUAAAUGAUUUCCAGAGACUUUUUUCAUCUCAACCCACACUUCAUUUUCUCUCCUCUUGUAAUUAAUUUUAAUAUGCGUUUCUGCAUUCAUGAAGAGCCGUUUGGGUUUGGAAAAUAAGGUUUCCGUCGAGAAAAUAAGCCUGCUUGCUUGAUUGGAAAGAUGAAGAAAAGAGUAUAAAAACGUAAUCAGAAAACUACUUACACAAGACAAAAAUCAAAUGAAAUAUAGCCAGAGACUACACAAUUUUUACAUCUUUAGCGGUUUUCUGCGGCCUGUUUUUUUUUUUUUUUUUAUCUGAUAUGUUGCUUGUACAAAAAGAAAAACAAAUGUAAAUUCUUUUCUGUCACUCCAGAUUUUGUCAUCCAAUUCACAGCUCCUCCUGUUAUAUACUUUCUCUAAAUCUACAAAGACAGAAUGCAGCUGCUUCUGACCUAAAGCUCCAUGACCGUUGCAGGAACGCUGCAACUCAACUAAACAAAAGAUCAUUAUAUUCAUUAACAGUGUUGUUCAAAGAGAAAUGAAACACACUAGUAAGAAAAUCACAUUCCUUUAGUCCCCAAGAAAUUAUGAAAAGACUGAGGAUUGGGCGUGACCACUGAAGCCUGAAAGUUUGUUUAGUUUGAUCAGUUUGAUCAUUUAAUUCUCUUGAACGGAUCUGAAAACAUCACCUGUAAUUUACUGGAAACUAGUUCAGCCAAUUUUUGAACAUAAAAACCAAAUUUACCAACCUUUGCUAGAUAUGUUUGAUGACCUGAACAGGUCAUCAGAUCAAUUGUACUGGUCUCCUAUGGCAAAAGCUCCACAAAAUAAAGCAGAUAUUCAACCUAUAGGAUCUUAAAAAUGAAAAAUAUCAAAUGAUGCCGGUGCCAUCCCUUCACAGUACAAUAGAAAACACUAGCAAUUCACAAAAGCCAGUCAGUGAGACACAACAGUCUUAAUCAACCCUAAAAUGAAAACCAACCAGAUGAAGGCCAACAUUUCAACAAACAUUAUUAUUAAAACUUCCAGCAAAAAGCUAAGCUUAUUAAAACAAGUCAGGUUUUUUACAGUAAAUUAGGUCUGAAGGAAAAACAGGAAACAUUAAAUGCCAUGCAAAUGUCCACAUACUGUUUAUGACUUUGCUGUGAUUAUUUUACCCAGAAUUAUUUUUUAAAUGGUUAACUUGACAUUAAAAUGUAUAAAUGAUGAGUGAAACCAGAUGUACUCCCUUAGUUUGCCUGUUUUUUUUACUUUUCACAACAUUAAACUCUUGUUUUACAUUUCAUUUGACUGUGUCACCCUCAGAAAAAGAAACACUGAUUUUUGUGCAUUUCAACGAUUGGUCAUAAAUUGUAUUUUUCCUUUAACCUCCUCAUACAGCUUUCAUUCAAAAAUGUUUCGAUACUUCCAGCACAUGACGCAGAUCUUGCCGUUAUUUCACUUUCAAGUAUCCGUAGCAACAAAAAUUAAGUCCCAAAUCUUACCUUUAAUAAUAUCUAAACCUAAAUAAAAGGUAGUGUGUGGAAAAAACUGCAACCAAACAUUUUACGUUGCAUUUUUUUUAGACAAACGAAUCUGUUCCAGCAGGUUAAUGCACCAUUAAAACUUUGUUUUUAUUAUUUACUAGCACAGAACAGAGCGUUCAGAUUGUUUAAUAGAGCCCUACUUUGUAGCAAAGUUCAAUUUGAUUGACAGAUUGACAUAAAAAUUCCUUAAACGUCAGUGUACUCAUCCGGAACUAAUUUUGAGCCUGAAUACACCCAAGCGGAUCCAGUUCCGGGACCAGGAACUGCUCUUGGACCCAUCUUUUGAGGUGGUCUCGGUUUGUGUCCAAUCAGACAGAUGCUUCGGUUUGUUCUGAGAUUCUUUAGGUGAAUACUAACUGUCCUCGGAGUAUAACAACUGAACCACAAUGGCCACCGUAGCCAGGCUUUACGUGAUGCAAACACAGUAGCGGAGCAACAAUAAGGCACAACAACUCACUGUCUCAUUGCUUCUCGACUUUUAACGUGACAAAAGUUGCUUCUCACCAUUUUCCCGACAACCUAUACGUCAUAAACACUUAUCAGCGCAACUUCUUAGCCUUUGCCUCCUCAAUAACGGCCUUACAUCAUGUCUCCUUUGCCCCAUAGUAACAGGAAAUAACUGUUGCACCUUACACUCAAAAUUGGUCGGCAAAUAUUAAGUUUCUCCCGACAAGGAUUGCAAAGCGUACGACUUCCAUUCAUUUUCUCGUUGCUUUGCCUCACCCUUGUGAUUCCUGGCCAAUGACUGAAGAGAUCUUUAGUCACGUGGUUUUGUUUACACGUUUUGGACUGAAUCAAAAAAUGUCCAGUAGACGGUAGUCUGAAUACAAGUUCAGGGCUUGAUCCGACCAACAAACCUGUCCAGCUUUUUUAGAUAUUUUUAUCACACUAUCCUGGGGUGCACUUAGUUUUUCCACACACUACUUCUACAAUUUGAAAAGGGGUUUGAUGCAUAAGUAAUGAGACGGUCAAAUGUUUGCAGUUAAAUUGACAAGAGGCCAUUUUGCCCAUCCUGUUGACACGAUAGACCGGCAGAACCAAAUUCUCUGAGUGCUUAAAGGUGGUUUUAAACCUUAGCUCUAAAAGAAGGUGUACUUUUUUUAUUAGUAUUUCACAUGACCACACAUUCGGAGAGGACAUCCACACACAAAUAUACAUUUGUGAAGGCAGAGCAAAGAGCAGUGUUGAAAAAUAGAUGACGCAGAGUUUUGAUGGGAUCCAACCACCAUGCAACAUUUAUGAGGGGGGGUGCAACCAACACUACAUGGAACAUUCUGGUUCACAGAUGUUCGGCAUUUUCAAAGUAGCUUGGCUUUCCAACAGGGUCACUGGAGAUUUUUAGGACGACAACUUCUAUGUGAGCUGUAUCUAAUUAUUGUUUCUAUUUUCAUAAAGGGAUGGAAUGUAUUUUUUUCGGCCAGUAGCAAGGCCACAGUCCUUCUGGUUGGAAUUCAGUCAGGUCAAGCUGCCCAAAUUAAAGUUUCUUUAGGCCUUCAUCAGUUUCGUAGUUGCAAAUAACAGCUUUGCAAAAAAAAAAACAAGGUUUGUCAGAAAACCUCUGCAGGUUUUCACCGAUUCGUUUACAAAUUAUCAUAUCGAACAAAACCAAUUUCUAUCUAUGCGUCUAGAACUGACUGACUUGACCAGGGCUUGGCCCACACCGCGGUAACUUUUCCUCACCUCUGAUAUUUCUACUACACUUUAUAAGUGUCUCAGUGUAAUGAGAUACUUCAAUAAAACCAAAAAACACUAUUUUCUACAUCUGGAUGAAAACCCUUGGAGUUUCAACUGACUGGGAUGUGGAUUUCUAAAGCCUCUUUGGAAUCAGAGUGCUAAUCCAAGAUCAGCACAACUGAGCCUAAUGAAGCCUCUCAGGAGGCUCCUUCGAGGACCUAGACACCCCCUCCACACACACACACACACACACACAAGUUUGGGUAGACAAAAACAAAAUACUGGCCAUGCAGUGUUUUUUUUUUAAACUGUCGUUUUUGUUUUGCUUAUCAACACCAUCUCUGGAAGACGUGCUUGUACAAAUUACACACAUCCACCCUGAUCUUGGAUGAGUCCUCUGAGGGAAAAUAUUUGUGGAAACAGGAUCUGGAGUGAAAACAGGCAUCUUUUUUCUAGUGUGUGGUGUAUUGCUUAUAUAAAUAAAUAAUGUUUUGGUCAAGUC